AGUGCACCGCCCCCAGUUGCUGCUGAGGACCUGUUGGGGGAAGCUCCAGCAAAAGUGCCAACUCCUCCCUUACCAAGCAGCUCCCAGGAUGCCACCAGCGUGAUGCAGCCCCCUGACCUCAAGUCCGUUACUCAGGAGCAGGUGUCUUCCCAUGAGCCGUUAGAGACACGCCCACCGUCACCUCGCUCCCGCCGCCGCAAGAAACGGACAGGGCAGAGACAGGACUUGCAAAGGAGUCAGAGAUUACGAUUGAAAACGUUCCCUACUUAAGCUUGCCGCUUACAGUGGGGAGCUGCUGUGUCAACUUCCUUCAUACACCGCAGAGCAUGUCUAGAGUAUAGUCAGGGAUUUUAGUGAGUUAGUGCAGGUUUUUCUAUGAAGCGCAAUGCCUUUGAUGUAUCCGUUACUCUAAUAAAAUGAGAUUUAAUUGCACCCGCGUCUCAGCCUCGUAGUUCCGGCUCUGGAUGGACACGAACAGGGAUUUCAUGCUGAAGCGUGGAAAGCACUGAGACUGUACGAAGAAGACACAGUUACUCAAAGCCAAGGAACCACCCUUUCCUGAAAUAUCUCCGUUUAAGUACAGGUCAAACUGCAAGUCGUGAAUAUAUCCCAGAAAUGUCGUUCCAUAAGGCAACCAAAUCUUUGGCCAAACAACUGGACCCAACAGGAGAUUUGAUCCCAGUUCAAAGCGUUAUAGACCAAAAUCAUUUCAGGCCUCUUUGCCUGGUUCAAAGGAAAAGAAGGCGUUCGUGGUGGGAGACUUGCCCUUAUCAUAAAACCGAAUACAGGCUAUGUGAUGUGUUGUUAUCAGGAGACCAUGCUGCAAAACUAGAUGUCCAAGAUUCAGGUCCUAUCACAGUUGUGAACCAGGUAGAUGGAACAGUGGAGGGGGAUUUUGGCGGACAGGUUGAUGACCUAACAACAGUAGAAGUGAAGGGCGCUACCACCAUGUCUCAUGCAAGGUCUGUGAAGGUGAAAAAGAUACAUGUUUGCCCUCAACUCAUCGAUUCUGUAACAAGAGAAGGGAAAAUCAACUUGAAACAUGAAUUCAUUAAACAAUCAAGGAUGAUUCGAAGGGACCUGUAUGUGAUCACUGAGGCAGUAGAGGCUGUGGAAGAGGCAGAGUUUGGGGAAUCUAACAAAGCAGAAGGAAGCAUGUUUUACAAAACGUGUAUCAGUUUGAAGCUGAAGGGUGCCAGAGGCAGUAAGAAAGCAAUCAUCAUCCCAAAGUCCUGCAUCCUGGCAUUCAGAGCCAAGCAACUGCUAAUAAAAGAAAGAGAAGCACAUAUCUCCUACUAUCACAAUGACAAAACAGGAACUUUUGAUGAAUAUGUACUUGCUAGCGCUGUCCCUGUUGUAAAAGAACAAGAUGCAGCUGAUGAAAAAUUGGUCUCGGAAAACAAGAGUAAAGUCUUACAGAGGGAAGUUGAGCGAAAAUAUCAAGAACUCUUUUUAUUAUCUGUGAAUUUGCGUGGCAAAUUUCUAACUGGCUUUCUGGCAAUAAUGAGAGAGACUGACUUCUUGCAAGAAUUGGAGCUCCAGCUGGAGCAGGCUCUUGAAAGCCAUAAUAAAUUCAAGCUGAAGACUGGCAAACCAGAGUUGCAAGACUUGGUGGACAAUUUACAAGAUUCAAAUGGGUACUUCUUCAGAUGUCUUAUUCAGGCAGUCCUCUACUUUUUUCGAGCUCUAGAUGAACUGACAGAGUUCCAGCGGAUGCUCCUGGUAGAAUCUGUAGAGAAGAAGAUUGUGAACAGACAGCUGGUAUUGGUUGGAAGCAUCCUAGAUAAUGACUUCAGUGAAAAAGAAAAAGAUUUUACUGUAGAAGCCCAGCUGUUAAGUGAAGAGGACCUGAAUAUAACUGGAGAAAUGGUUGAAAUGAGUGGACUGACAGUGAAAAAAAAUGGAUCCAGUCUUACUGGGACUGGAAAUCCUGCUACUUUCUCAGCCCUCGCUGCACUUUACGUGGCUCUGUAUGCACUCAGUGCCCUAUCUACAGAAGAGGAUGGCUCAAAAACCUUUAAGCCUAACAGGGUCUGCAUAUAGGGAUGGGUGAAUCUGUCAAUUUUGGUUUCUCUCAAUUUCACAUUUUUCCUAUCUUAAAUUUGGUUCUCCACACUUCCGCAUCAAUUUUUAAAAAUCCUCAUGAAAAUUCACCAGUGUUUUAGUGCAAAUUUCUCUUAAUACACACAAGUUUGUAUGCAAUUUUUAAAUUUAUCUUUGUGUCAAAAACAGUUUUUUAAGAAAAGACAGAAAAAACAAUACCAAUGCAGACUGUCAGCUCACAUUGUAAAUACAACAGUGUCAGUACUUCCAUCUAAAAUUAAAUGUAUAAAUCAGUAUAAGCCCUCCAGAUGUCCAAAUAGGUAUCCACACAAAAUUGAUGUUCAUUAAAAGUGUUCAAAUGUAACAAUGGCAAUGAGGUCCUCAGACCAUUGCAUUAUAGGCGGUGGGCAUUUAUCCUUCCAGACUCAAAGUAUAUGUCUCUUGGCAACCAUAAGGGCUAGCAAUGUCCACUUUUGUUGCUUUAAAUGGAAACAAUCAAAUUUCUCCCCCCUCCCUGGAUACAAAUGAAGUAACCUCAUGUACAAAUAGACCAUGAUGAAAAGGAGAUUAAUACCACAAACCUAUAGGUAUCUACUCAAAAGGAAAUCUCAUUCAGUUCAGUUGGGUCCUCUAAAAUUCCACAAUAUAAAAUGUUCAUAUAUGUAAGCUAAUGUUCAUUUAUAGAUAAUGAGAUAAUGUUUUUUACAUUCAGCUUUUCCUAUGUUUGUUUAUGUAUAUUGAAGAACCAGUUCAGAUUUUAUGGGGAAACGGUUCCUUUCUAUAAGAACGAGCUGUGCUUUCCCCUUCCACCCUCUUUGGUGCCUGUAAAGAGGUGGUUGACGUUUCUGAUUUUUAAACUAAUCUCAGUUCCUCAUGAUGCUCAAAUUCGGGGACCUGUGGUUUGUUUAAAAUAGAAAGCAGAUGCUUUCAAUACCCUCCUCUGACAUGAGAUGAAAGAGGAAGAGUGGGAUGAGGAGUGCAUGAGCCCAUGGUUGAUUGAGGCUGGAGCAUCUAUGGUCCUCUGAUGUUGCAGGACUGUAACUCCCAUUAGCCCCAGCAAGUGUGGCCAGCGGUCAGGGAUCAUGCAAGCUGUGGCUCAACAACAUCUGGAGGGUAACUGGUUCCCCAUCUCUGUCAUAGGGGGAAAAUAUAGCUUCCCAUUACCUCUGAACUAUUUCUAUGUCUAGCUAGCCACUUCGGAUAUUUUAUAGAAAAGUGAGAUGUAAAUCUUGAAAAUGCAUGAAUAAAACAAUGUGAUAACAUGCUUCACUCUUUUGAGAAAGGAGGUUUUGGGCUCACUGGGUGGGGUGUUACAUGGGAGUAUAUAUUUGCAAAGUAUAUAUAUAUAUAUUUACAAAGGUGGUUCUUGUAGGGUUACUAGUUCACUCUUUCUCAGCUUCAGGUCCCUGACUCUAAAAUAGAAAUGUAUUUAUUUUAUUUUAUAAAUUUCUGACCCAUCUUUUAGAUUACCUACUCUUACAAGGUCUUAGUGUACUUUGCUAUUGCAUGUGUGAACAAAAACUUAAUUAAAAUAAAAUAGCUCAAAACAUUAAAAAUUAGAACAGUCAAUAUGUUUACUAUGGUGGAUGUUCAACCUGUUCUGGAUGGGGUUACACUCCCCCUGAAGGAGCAGGUUCGUAGUUUGGGAGUUCUUUUAGAACCAUCCCUGUCACUUGAGGCUCAGGUAGCCUCGGUGGCACGGAGUGCCUUUUACCAAUUUCGUUUGGUGGCCCAACUACACCCCUAUCUGGAUAGGGAGAACCUCGCUUCAGUUGUCCAUGCUCUGGUAGCCUCUAAAUUAGAUUACUGCAAUGCGCUCUAUGUGGGGCUGCCUCUGAAGACGGUUCGGAAACUGCAGCUCGUGCAAAAUGCAGCGGCCAUACUGAUAAUGGGGACCAGGCGGUCCGAACAUAUAACACCGAUUCUGGCCCGCCUGCAUUGGCUGCCUAUAUGUUUCCGGGCCCGGUUCAAGGUUCUGGUUUUAACCUAUAAAGCCUUACACGGCGCGGGACCACAAUAUCUGGUGGAACGCAUCUCCUGAUAUGAACCUACCCGUACGCUACGCUCAACAUCGAAGACCCUCUUCCGGGUGCCUACUCAAAGGGAAGCUCAGAGGGUGGCAACAAGAAAAAGGGCCUUCUCAGUGGUGGCCCCCGAAUUGUGGAAUAGUCUUCCUGAUGAGGUACGCCUGGCGCCAACAUUACUAUCUUUUCGGCGCCAGGUCAAAACCUUCCUCUUCUCCCAGGCAUUUUAAUAAGUGUUUUAAUAUGUGUUUUAAACGUUUUAAAUUUAAAAUUUUUUAAGGAAGCCCAUUUUCAAUGUUGUUUAAAUUGUUUUAAAUAUGUGUUUUAUUGUAUUUUGAUAUUGUCUGUUGUGAACCGCCCAGGGAGCUUCGGCUAUGGGGCGGUAUAUAAAUUUAAUAAAUAAAUAAAUAAAAACAUAGCCCUAUACCAUUUUCAAAUGCAGACCAAAGUAAAAAACAUUACUUUUUAUUUUCUGUUACAACACAAACUAUAACAACUAAUAAACAUUGGUGUAUAGAUGUU